UAAUUAUAAUAUUUUUAUUUGACCCAGUAUAUGCAAAACAUUGUGGUCCAACAUGUAAUGAGUAUUAAAAAGUACUGAGAUAUUUUACAUUAGUUUUUUUCAUACUAAGUCCCAUAUUUUACAAUACAGCACAUCUCAAUUCGCUAUAUUUCGAGGGUUAACAACUAGCUACGUUGCAAGGGCUCAGUCAACUCAGGCGGCCAGCAGCCACCAUAAGGGACAACGCACUUAAAGUUCACUUAAUAAUCUUGAAGUUAACCCACAGAGCCGCCUUUCCCUUGGUUUUGGAAGACACGCGAAAAAAUAACAAUAGCAAAGAGUUCUCGAGCAUUUCCUUCAGGCCAGGCGAUGUGUUGCAGCCCGUCACCCUCGCAGUAAGCGGGGGUGCUAUCGCCCUCCUACUUUGACCUAGCGAGAGAACUUUCUCGAGACGGGCCCUCCCCGAGGGCCCGGACGCCUUCCCGCUCCCCUGUUCGGGUCACCGGCCGGGCACCACCCGGACGAGCCCCGGCCAGCCAUCAGCCUAAUCAUUCCAGAAGGAGGGGCCUUCAGAGCUACAGCUCAUCAGGGUCGGUCAGAAAGGGCGCCCGCACGGAAAGCUCCCCUGCAAGCCGAAGCGGCUCACGGAUAAGAUCCGGGACUCGAAGUCUACCUGGAAACAUUCAGGCUCCUCCUCCGACUCCUCCUCGAACUGGCGCUCAGAGGCGCCACCAUUCGGAAAGGGCCCAAGCCACGCGCAGCUCGGCCUCCAGCAUCUCGAGGGCAGCAUCCUCCUCAUGCGACUCGAGAACGCUAGAGGGCGCCGCUUCCGGGAGGCCGCGCGCUGCUUCCGGGGUCUCGCACGCAGAGUUGGACGCAGAGAAGGCAGAGACUUUCGGUUCCGGCUGCUGCAGGCGCUCCGCUGGUGCAGACGCACUGCUCAGCCCAUAGCUACCGAACAAAGAGUGACACCCGGAGCCGAAGUUAUGGCGGCGUUGGAGCCGAUCUUGGCGGCCACUGGGAGUCCCGCGGCGGUGCCACCGGAGAAAUCGGAAGGAGCCUGUUCGAGCUCAGACCGUGAGCGUAACUCUGUGGGCUCUUCGCUGCCAGACGCCUCACCGCCUGCCCCCGAGCCUUCCAGCCCCAACGCCGCGGUCCCCGAGGCCAUCCCUACGCCCCGGGCUGCGGUCUCUGCAGCCCCGGAGCUGCCCCUUGGGCCUGCACCCAUGAGCAUCGCGCCUCAGGCCGAAGCCGAAGCGCGCUCCCCACCAGGCCUCGCCGGCUCUAGACCCGGCCCCGAGACGUUCCGCCAGCGUUUCCGGCAGUUCCGCUACCAGGACGCGGCGGGUCCCCGGGAGGCGUUCCGGCAGCUGCGGGAGCUCUCCCGCCAGUGGCUGCGGCCUGACAUCCGCACCAAGGAGCAGAUCGUGGAGAUGCUGGUGCAAGAGCAGCUGCUUGCCAUCCUGCCUGAGGCGACGCGGGCCCGGCGGAUCCGCCGCCGCACGGAUGUACGCAUCACUGGCUGAGCGGUGGAGCUAGGGGCGGCCAGGGCCGGGUGCUCUCUGUGGACUGGGGCCAUGAUCCGGUCCGGGGGCCUAAACCUAGGACCGCACCCCGUGUUAAUGAAAAACGAGUUUUCGCAGCGCC